UUGUGUCGUGUGACAAAUUCAUUUAAGAGUCAUGUAUGUCAAAAUACCCAAAUCGGGUAUGAUUGUUUCGUAUAUACGAUUUUAUUUAAAGGCUUUUGAAUCAAAGCGAGACACAGUUAUUAAAGUGCCGUACUUCUAAAUGAAACUCCUCGUGAUAUUUUUCAUUGCAGUUCUCUGCGGAACGGAAUUCGUUCUGUCCGUCUCAAUCGGUAUAACUGAUGUGCAUGGAAUAUUGAGAAAAUUUAAAUGCGUGAUUCGUAAAUUUGGUGACAAUCUCAAUGGAACCUCAUUUGAAGAAGACUGGAAUGGUUAUGCAGAAGAAUUUAAUAAUGGUGUCGAAAGCUGUGAAAAGGAUUGGUCAAUUGAUGCAUUUGAACUUUCCACAUGCCUUAGUCAUAUUUAUGCGAAAUUCGACAAUCUUUAUGAGGAGGAGACUGGAGAAUUAGAAAAAGCUGACUUAGAACUGGUCGAUCAUAUCUAUAAAACCAUCCAAAUGACAUGUAAUGAAUUACCAUCCCAUUGCGACAAAGUAAACUACAGUUUAUUUAUUCUACCGUUUCUCCAUUUCUGCUACUUUUUUCUGUUUUGAACGUGUGGUUUACGUUAUCACAGUGUGAUGUGGCUCCAGCAUCAUAAGAAGACUCGAUAAAUGAAUGCCAACUAUGAAUUUGUUAAAAUGUAUUGUUAAUUGUUUAUUAUGAAUAAAAUUUAAUUUUAAUAUACAUGACAAUGUAUAUAUGACAUUAAAUCAUUACAUGACAAUGCUAAGGAAACAAGAGGUCAAAUUUCCAACUGUUCCGU